AAAAUAAUCGCUAGAGCUGCACGGCAUCGUCCACUCAUAUCCUGGCGUUGGGCCAUGCUCUCGAUAUAGCCCGGGAUUGAGGAUAGCUCCAUCUGGCGGUGACUUCAAACUGUUUCAGUGGUUUUUUUUGUUGUCAUUGUGAUCAUCUCUCCGAUAUCCUGCUCCACCAUUUAUUUGGCCCAGUUUCUCCCUAUCUUUCUCCUGCUCUUUAUCUCGUCCCAUCCGCUGUACCAUUCCGUUGGAUAUCCCCAAUUCCCCAAUUCCCUACCAGCCUGCUACUUGGCCAAGUAGACAACUAUUCCCCUUACUUGUCUUAUAAAUUCCAGUGGCUUAUCUGCUUCUUUUUCUCUUUCACGCCAUGGACCUCUUUCAAUAACCCCGGCGGCUGUCACAGCCAACACUACAGACUCACCACUUGACUCACGACCACACAGCCAAUUGUGUCAUUGUCACAAGCCUUUGACAGCUGCAGCCUACAAACCCAAUUUCUCCUCAACAUCCACCUCUUUCAUCACAAAAGUCAUCACUCAAAGCAAAAGAGUCAUAAGCCAUGGCUCCAAACAUCUUCAUCUGUCUGCGCAAUGUCAUCUGUCCUCUGUACUGGUUCGACAAAGGAACUCGAGUUGUCGGGCAUCCCACCAAAGACGAGCACUGGGAAUCCCCCGUCCCAGGAACCUAUCGUUACUUCCCAGAACGAGGCUGGCACCUCAUACGCCGCGACGGUGAUGAGGAGGACGAAUCCGAGCCCCGUCCUGUCGUUUACUGUCGUAUCGUCCACCGCUAUCUUUUCGCCUCGGACAUGGAAAAACGCUGCCGUUACCACCGCGUACACUUAAGAGACGGUCAAGAGCCCCAAAAAUGUCUCUUCUUCCAACUCGAUGACGGUUUCACUUGGGUUAUUGGCUGGGACUCCCGUGGCAGAUUCAUACCCGGUCCAUACCGCAAGUGGUGUUACGAUAAGGAGAAUAUGACUAUGCGACGAAUGACCUCGUACGAGGAUAGCUCUGCUGCGACUUCGCCUAUGACAUCGCGCACCAGCAGUGUUGCUUAAUUGUUCCACUUUUACUACUAUUCCUUGUCCACAAAAUUUUUUCUUCAGCAUGCUACACUAUCUAUCAGCAAGCGGGUUUCUUUUCUACAGUCAUGAUUUAAUAUUAUGAGCGACGGCGUUAUUGGAGGCCAAUCGAGGAACGGAAUAGAAUAUAGAAGGCGGGAUACACUUCAAUGAAACAUAUCAUUCAU